GUGUGUGUGUGUGUGAGCGUGUGCGUGUGCGUGUGUGUGUGUGUGUGUGUGUGUGCGUGCGCGCGCGUGUGUGUGUGUGCGCGCGCGCACGGUGAACUGAGCUUUUCCACACUCUGUGGUCCAUAGAUUCCCUGGAAACUCAUUUGAAUUCGGAUCUUAAAAUUAUGCCACCGUAUUCCAGGGCAGAAGUGGAGACGGAUCAGUCAAAGGAAACGUGUUUGGAGUUCAUUUUGUCCGGAUUGUUCGCAUCUGUCAUUUCGUGCAGAAGUGCGUUUUUCCACACAGGUCCAUGAGAGGAGCGCGAGCAGGGCGCAGAAAAGAUGGCAAGAGGUGGUGGAAUCAGCAGGAUCCCAUUGCAACAUCUGCCCAGUGUCACCUGACCAACUGGAAGGUGAUUUUCCUAAUGAGUGUGUGUCUUCUGGAGAUUGUGGGUGGGCAACAACAUGCAGAGAAGAGGGAAGAAUCACACUCCACCACACUAAUGGCCCAAAAAGAGCAGAGACGGUCUCCAUGGGCUGCGCUGUACGAUCCAUCCUUGGCAGAGGAAGGAGAGGAAUACAGGGCCAGAUGGCAUCGGUCUCUAGCAGACGUUUCUGUGGCUUAUCGAAAAUCCCGCAAAGAGCGCAAGAACCGAAAGCGGCAGCGAGAAAAUCUGAACCAGGACUGUCACCUUGAGAAGAAACAGAUGCGUGUGCGUGACCUGGGCUUAGGCUAUGAUUCAGAUGAAAUUGUGCUCUUUAAGUAUUGUGUGGGGACGUGCAUGAGCUCACGGAGGAACUAUGAUUUGGCGCUUAAAAUUCUAACUGAGAAUGGCAGCAUCAUGGGCCGUGAUGUGAGCACUCAUCCAUGCUGUAGGCCUACACGCUUUGAGGCAGUGUCUUUCAUGGAUACCCGAACAAACUGGCAAACCAUCCGGUGGCUCUCAGCAGCCAACUGCAGCUGUGUUGGGUGAGAGGAGGAGAGAUGGUCAAAAUGAGAAAUUACAAAAUUAAACUCGGGAUAGACGAAGACAAGGAUCUGUUGAAGUUGUAUCUAUUCUGACACCUCAGAUGAAGAGCACAACUGGUUGAUCUAUAAGGAGCAACAUGACAGAUGCAAAUGUUGCAGCUGUUAGGUCAUGAAUGGGGUGGAACAGCAGCGGAGAAGAUUAAUAAAGGGGUAAGCGAUUGUGCUUUCCUAUCAGAGAGAGUGGAGAGGAUGCUCCUCUGAUGCCGUAGGGAAGAGGAACCGAUUUAUAUGAGAAGGAAACUGAGAAUGCAAUCAUAUAUUAAAAAGUUUUUUUUUUAAAAACUGUUAACAUUAUUGUAGAGAACGAUCCACGGACAAUCUUGCUAGGAGCCAAGAACUUGGUAGCCAAACCCUGAAGGAUCCAUCUGUGCAUCUGUACUGUGGAAAUGCAGAACUCAUAUGACACCACACACACACACACACACACACACACACACACACACACACACACACACACACACACACACACACACA